UUUCUAAAAUUAAAUUCAGAAAUGCUUGGCUUACUAAAAACACCGAAAUUUCUUUAUAUUAUUCUUCUAAUGGAACUUUUACUUAUUAAAUCAAAUAUGUCAUUUAUUUAUCCAAAUCAGAAUGCUUUAAUAAACAACGAGAAUAAAAUUGAUUCUCAAAUUGAGAAGACAAGAGUACGACGUGGAUAUUUGAAAGCAGCUGCAGUUGGAGCUGCAAUGGGAGCUGCUGCAUUUGCUGUUAAGAAAACAUUUUUUAAAAAUAAGAAUAAAAAUAAAUAUUACAAUAAUGGGAAAUGA